UUUUUUACAAUAACUGUGGAAUACUUUCAACUCGGAUUUUGAGAAUUUGAACCAAAAGAACCUCACAAGAAUUAAGGCUUUUUAAGAUAAGUCUUACUUUUUUUAAGUUUUUGUUUUGUUGUUAUUGCCCCAUAGCGUAUUUAUCGACGAAAAGUGGAGCAACCUUCAUAAAUGGAUGUUGUUUUUGUUUGCUAUUUAAACUGUUUUUUUUUUGUGUGCUACAAAAUAUAAAAUAAUAAAGUAGUGACGAAAGAAAACUAAACAACGUGAUGAAUCUAAUUAGCUUGCAUGUGGCACUUCCAGCUUUUUAACGUUUUUGGAUACCAUUAAUCAUCGCCAAAGAUCGAAUUUAUCUUCCUGGAAUUCGCAAGACUUCUGAAAUACUCUGAGACAUACAUUCUACGUGGUAUAAAUACUGAUGACUUGUUUCUUGAUGACUUGUUUCCGAGGGGAGGUGUAUCUUCAAUAGAUCCGACUGCCGACCCUCUCCCCCCACGUUGCGAAAUGAACACGGACUCGAAGCUUUUUUUGGCCGGUAGUGGCCAGCGGGUCAUGGUUUCCGGGUUCCUGCUGCUGAUUUUCAGUGGCCUGGCGAUGGGUCAGUCCAAUUACGUGCAGCAUGGUGACAGCGGCAACUAUACCUCUAAUGGCUUGCCAGAGGAGGCCACACUGGACGGCAAGGUGACCAAGCUAGACGACAUCAGCCCUCUCAUUUUCCUCAACCGCACCAAGGCCGCUCUCAACUGUGCCGCCGGCUCCAUGCAGGUUGAUCUGAAGUUCAACGAUGCGUUUCAUGGCAUCAUACAGGCUGACUACGAUCGCAGCAGUGCUUGUCGAGUGAGCGGGAAAGGAGCCCUUAGCUAUCGCCUCGAACUGCCGCUAAAAGGGUGCGGCACUAUUCAGAACCCCACCCGUGUGUUUACAAACAAUAUUAUCGUGCGCUUUCAUGCAAACUUGGAGAUGGACGGAGAUGAAAUUAUAACGAUCGUGUGCCGAUACCCCCCGCCAGUGCCAUCACUGCCACCAGCGCUCCCAGCGCCCAUCCUUAAUCCCAUUGCCACCGGGUCGGUACUACAGCCUCCGCUUAAAAGUAUCCAGAUCCUGAUGAUCAUCUGCGCCAUUAUGUUCCUUACAUUGCUGCUUCUGGGUUUGGCUGUCUCCUACUACUGCCUGCGCACUCGACCCAUUCCCAUAGUGCGUCGCUUGCCCAUGAGCAUGGGAAGUGGUUCCGAAAUCACCAAACUAAGCGGCAGCAGCUUCGGCAAUAUCAGCGCCUUCGAGGGCGUGAAAAUUCCUCGCGCUCAUGCUGCCUUGCAAGCGGUGUACAGCUCUUCUGGUAGCGAAGGGGCACUCAUCCCGUCGGACUACCCCAGCGAGUCUCAUUCGGAGAUUGAAGAGAUCGACACCCGUUCCCUGCCCUUUAGCUCAGCCGGUAGCUUCGAGAAUCGUGCUUUUGUCCAGGAGACCUCCAGCAUUUACAGCGACCACUAUGCACCUGCCCAGGAAAUGCCGGCUGCUAACGCUUUGAUUACCACGACAUCGACCACUCGGUAUGCCGCACCAGUUCUGGAGGCAGUCGCCACUGCUUCGCCCAAAUUCGAUGUUCUGGUGCGUGUUAAAAAGUCGCCACCUCCACCCUCGCCAGUUACUUCGGAUACGGAGAGCGUUGCAACCAUGUUGCCGGAUCGAAACAACCUGUCAACCAUAAUGGAGGCCUAUGAGGAUCGAGAGAGUGUUUUGACCAUGGACUCACUGCCACCCCAAGUUGAUUCAAUGCACUCGCAGUUCUCAUAUGUGCCUGAAUUGCACCCUGCUCCACAAGCACCUCCUUUGGUCGUCGCCGAACCUAAGUUCUCUGUUUACACACGCACACACCAUGAAGUGGUCGACGGUCGUCCGGAGACUUGGUCGGACUUUACCGAUGGUCCCGCACCCAGCGAGGUCACCAACAUGUCUUCUGAGGCACCCGAUGUGGCCAUUGACCAGAUGCACUACUACGAGGACGAGUACGUGCCUGCUGGUCCUGUAGCGGCACCAGUUACCUCUCACACCGUGGACGACGUCUACUUGCGAACGGUCACCGAGAAGAAGACAAUUGAAGACAUAGAGAGCCACAAGCGACGCGUGACUGAGUACAAGAACAAACCCAGGGCUCCUUUACCGCCCCCACCAGUGGACCCCAAAUUCGAUGUCCGUGUGAGGAAGUAUCCUACUGAGCGCGAGCAGCAGCAAUGGGAGAACUUUUCAGACAUCUCCAGUGCCUCUGGAAUGACCCUUACACCUAAAAUGGAGCGCAGCGAGCUGACUGUGCCGGAAAUGGAGCCUCCAGUUCAGAUUUAUGAUAACAAAGUGAAACUGACUAGUCCAGAGCUGGUAGGUAACAUGAAGCCGAUCGAGGUGCCGCCACAAGACAAGGAUGUACCCAACUGGGACGUUCUUAUUCGCAUAUUAGAGGAGCCAGAGCUGGUAGAGGACACUGACGAUGCUAGUUCAGUGCGGAACCUCAGCUACGAUGACCGUGCGAAGUGGAAGGAGAUCAUCACAACCCAGUCGUCCUUGCGUACAAUGCUCACAGAGGCGGUGGUUCGCGAGGACUUCGAACGCAUUCGACAAGAUACGCGAUACGAGCGCAUUUUCGAGCCGCAGACUUGGGACGUAAUCAUCCGCAUUCUCGCCCCUCCCGGAGACGACGAUCCCGAUGUGGAAAUGAGAGCUCCGCGGCGCGGCAAAAAGUCCCAGCCACAACCGUGGGACACGCGCUCCCGUCGAAGCUCUCUACCCACGCUCUACGAAUACGACAGCGAUGGCGGUUCCAGUGUGCGAACCAUUCGAAACGACCCAAGUAUGGGAUUUACAGCCGGACCAGGCAUCCAGGGAGCUUUCAAUUUGCAGCGCUCGCGACGCAGCUCACGCACUUCUUACCAGACCGAUCACAAUGACUUCCGUUCUAUGUCAGAGGUGACUGUGGAUUUUGGCCGUCCGAAUGUGGACCAUCCGGACAACGUGAGCGAUGCAAGCUCCUAUUACCCCAUGCCGUACUAUGAUGAUGAGGACCGGCGCUCCUUCCACCGCUCGCUCAGCCACCCUUCUCUGGCACGUUCCGCCAGCGAGUUCACCGAGCACUGGACCGCCCCCGACGUCCUGGAGGUGUCCUCGCGUGAGGGCACUCCUCGUGCCCGCCGUGCUUUACAGGCACGUGCUCCUACGCAAUUGGAAGUCACCUCGCCGAGGCAAGGAGAACAUGUGCUCGCCCAGACUCAGAUGAGGAGUGAGUAUGUGGAGUCUCACCGAACCCUGUACCACGCCGAGAAGGAAAUGCCCUUGCCUCCGCCCAAGUGGUAGGAUCGCAUAAGUUAACCCUCCACUAAACACAAUUUUCCCGGAUUGGUAUAAAUAUAUACUUUAGAAUUUUUCGACAUACCUGGUCCUGCCGUCAGCCCCAGCAGGAAGUUGAGAUUUCUGCUGUGGCUGUCUGCUUUGUCUGGUAUCGGGCAUCUAUCCCUAAAUAUCCCUAACAUAACUUAUAAAUGUGCCAAUUAAAAUUGCCUGAUAUAUUUUCAUAGAUAGGAAUCGCAGUAGAAACUUCAGCGUCGGGAUAUUUAUUAAUUGGAGGGUCUUGGACUGGCUUAUAUUUUAUUCCGCGCAUAUUUUUAUCGGAGGGCUCUUGUCUUUUUGAAUUCGCUUCUUCCAUGCUUCACUGAGCUUUGGCUUGAUAUCGCAUGUAACUAAGAAUAUGAUAACACUUUUUAGAUAUUGAAUUAGCGCGAUUUGCAAAUGGUAUUGCAUUCUUUUCCCGAAACUGUAAUACAUUUUGUUCUAAGCUAAAUUUUACUGGCUUUCUUAUUUUAUCUGAAUAUAUAUAGCCGGUAUAUGCUGUUUAAAAUUUGUGUUCCAUACAGAAAAGGGCACCUAAUUCACAUGACUUUUGUAAAAAAUAUUCACAUUUUUUGGCAAAAAGUAUAAUAAUCCAUUAAGCUGAUUAUACUAUUUCUAAAACUAUUAAUAUAUUCUAGUUUUGUAAUCUCAAAUCUUCUUAUUUGUAACCGCUGUUUAAUUAAACCGCAAUUUUCGUCCAUAUUAGAGGUUUGGGACAAAUUUAUUGAUUUUAUUUUCAAACUUAAGGUAUUUUAUCGAAUGUCCACAAAGGGCAUUCUAGUUUUAAUUUAUAUAUGCAAAGUAUUAUUUACAUCAAAUCCCAAGCGUUUCAAUGCGAAAAAAUAAACUGCCAGUUAGGUUUUGACGACAAUGCGUGUAUUAAUUUUUUAUAAAAAAUAGACUCUAGAAGAAAAAAAUUAACAGGUUUUAAAUAAAAUAUUGUGGCAGAUAUAUGAGCUACAUAAGCUUGGGAUGAAUACUGGUAUUAAAUACGGAAGACGGAUCGCUUAUAUAGGGGUUCUCAAAAUGUUCUAAUAUUUUUUUUCGUAACAUAGUACUAAUCUGUCCAAAACAUAUAUUACAAAUGUACUUUAUUUUUUAUUCUAAGCGAAGAACUAUAAUAAAAAGCUAAUAUACCAUGAAAAAUUGUAUACGUACGAAAACU